GGAUCACAUCUCGUUAAUGGGAUCACAAGCUCAUUAAUGGGAUCACAUCUCGUUAAUGGGAUCACACACCUCGUUAGGCAAAAAUGAGGCGCGGGUGAAACCGCGGGCUCGGAGCGGCCGGGAGCGCCCGGGGGCUCGGCGCUGCCCGGGCAGUGCCACCCCCGCCGGGCUAUAAAUGCGCGCCGUGCCCCGCUGCCGCAUCCCGAGCUCUGGGGAGCCGAUCUGCGCUGAGCCGGCUGGCGAUGGCGUGUCCCCUGGAGCAGGCCAUGGCCAUCAUGGUCACCACCUUCCACAAGUACUCGGCCAAGGAGGGCGACAAGUUCAAGCUCAGCAAGGCGGAGCUCAAGGAGCUGCUCAACAAGGAGCUGCCCGUCUUCGGCAGUAAACAAAUGGACGAGGCAGAGUUCAAGCGGCUCAUGAACGACCUGGACCACAACAAGGACAGCGAGGUGGAUUUUAAGGAGUAUGUUUGUUUCCUGGCCUGCAUCACCAUGGGCUUCAACGAGUUCUUCAAGGACGACCCCAGCAAGCACCAGCGCAGGAAGUGACCCCUUGAGUGACCCCUCAAGUGACCUCUCGAGUGACCCUUCAAGUGACCUCUCAAGUGACCCCUUCCUGUGUCCAUCCCAGCCCUGAGUGGCUUUCAAUAAAAGCUU